AUGCUGGCACAAGUCGAUAAGCAAUUUGGAGGAGCAAAGGAACACAGUGCAGUUGUUUCUACAAUGAUUGAGAAAUAUGUUUGUAGAGGAGGAAUGAAUCAAAGGAAAAUGGAUGACAUGUUAUGUGAUCAGACUCAAGGUGACGUGACUUUUGAAAGUGGGCAAGUGUCAACUCUAAGUACUUCCACGGGGUUUUCUUCUAAGGGCACUACCUCAUCGGAGUUUGGCUGCAAAUUGCCUCAAAAUGGCACAAAAAAUGGGAGUAGUGAGCACUUCUGGUCGUCAUUGAGUUCCUGGAAAGUAGAACAAAUGGAAGCCACUUCCAUAACGCCGUUGUUGAAGGGCUUUUGUGAUCACACACAAUGGAAAUAUGCUGUUUUUUGGAAGCUUGACCAUCAUUUUCCUAUGACUUUGACCUGGGAAACUGGUUAUCAGAAAGGAAAUGAGGUCGAAGAAAGUAUGUGGGAUGACAUCAAAAUCAAAUCCCCAGAUGAGUUAUAUUGUUCAAGAGGUGAUAGUACUGAUUAUUCAGGAGAUUAUUCAGUUCGACUACUCAUGAUAGAAAUGUCUCAUCGUAAAUACAAUUUGGGAGAAGGGGUUGUUGGCAAAAUAGCUCUUGCCAGGGAUCAUUAUUGGGUUUCCUGUGAGGAUAUUCUUACCAGUAAAUUUGACACUGAUAUAAUCCAUGAGUGUCCUGAUGAGUGGCUUCUUCAAUUUGCAUGUAGUAUCAAGACUAUUGUGCUGGUACCGGUUCCUCCACUAGGGGUUUUACAGUUUGGUUCAUUUGAAGAGGUUGCUGAAGACAUGGAAUUUGUUACCAAUGUCAAAGAUAAACUCCAUUCCAUGCAUUACAUGGAAGCAAAUAUUACCCCUUUUAACAUGGGAACUGAUUAUCAAGAUUGGUCAUUCUCAGACCUAAUGCAUAAUUUGAUGGAUAGGUUGGACGAAUCAUCUUCUGUUACUAAAACUAUAUUUAAAAGUGAAGUUUCAACCACUACUGCUUCACACAGUGCAAAUGGUUCAACAAGGCUGAACUCAACAAUGCUAUCAUUUAUUCAGGAUGACUGUGCUGUGUCUGGACAAAAUCUACUCAAAUCUCUGAAAAGAGAAAGUGUAAAUGAGAUAGGUUGCUCAUCGAUUGAUAUGUCAACUGUUCCUAGACAUAUUGGUAAGAUGGAGACAAAACCAAAUCACAUGGAAGAAGAGAUAUGGUCCUGGUCUCAAUUGGUCCACAACGUGGGAGUUUUUGAAGAGAUGUCAAAUGGAUUAGACUCUUUCUCUGUUAAAAAUAUGACACAACAACAAUUUGGAGGCACUGAAAGUGGUUAUGAUGAUGAUAAGAAUGUGAAUGACUUCAGUUUUCCCUCGGAGUCAGAAUUGCACAAAGCACUUGGAUCAGUGACUUACUCUGUUGGCAAUACAUACAAUACCUCAUGUCUGAUAACCAGUAAGAAAGAGAAUGAUCAUAUUAAAGGUUUUGAUUUUCCCCAAGAUCUAGAUCCAGAAUAUCUUUUAGAUGCUGUUGUUGGCAAUUUAUGCAGUGCCACUGAUGAUACAUCUAGUAUAUCAAACAGUAUCAGGUCUUUUACAACCAUGCCAACAGAGAUUAGUGGUUCCUUUCAGCCAAAACACAAUUUGGAAGAAAGCAGUACUUUGAUUGUAGAUCAUUCAGAUGUGAAAAAUGAUCUUUUGCCUGCAGUUACGGGCAAGAGAAAAUAUGAAUUUUCUGAUCAUUUUACAUCAUCUUUUGAUGGAAAUGAAAGCUCAUUGAUUGACGAGUUGCAACAGGAAAAGGAAGAUGGUCAUAUGCUGCCUAUAAGUGGACCGAAGCUCUCUAGCACAAAUAAGAAAAGAAUAAGGGUUGGUAACAACCAAAAGGCAAGGCCAAGAGAUAGACAGCUUAUCAUGGACAGAAUGAAGGAGUUGAGAGAACUUGUCCCAGAUGGUGGUAGGUGUAGCAUUGACAACCUCUUGGAACGGACCAUAAAGCACAUGCUGUACUUGAGGAAGAUAACAAGUCAGGCUGAGAAACUGAAACGAUUUGCCAAUCGGGCGGUCGCUGAGAGCAAAAGGCAGAAAAUCAACCGGAGUCACCCGGGAAGGAGCUGUGCAUUUGACUUUGAGAGUGAACUAGCAUGGCCUAUAGUCAUAGAAGAUCUGGAAAGCUCAGGGCACAUGCUCAUAGAGAUGAUAUGCAAUGAGCAUGGGCUUUUCUUGGAGAUCGCUCAGGUGAUCCGGAAGCUGGAUGUCACCAUCUUGAAAGGGAUCUUGGAAAACCGUUCUAGCAGCAGCUGGGCUUGUUUCAUUGUUGAGGUUCCAAGAGGUUUUCACAGAAUGGAUAUUCUAUGUCCUUUACUGCAUCUUCUGCAGCUUAGGAGAAACCCUAUAUCGUACAAAAGCUGA